CGGUUUCGAGGAGUUCAGCCAAGGUUUCUCACGCGAGUGACUACAGCCACCGUAUUUGAGUUAACAAAAGGUCACUGAAAGUGGAGAAUUCGGGCUUUAUAAAGGACAAAGAGGCUGUUGUUCAGAUGCAGUGCUAACUUUGAGGGGUUCAAGCAGCGAAAGCGUAUUUUUUUUUUUUUUUUUUUUCUCGAACAGCUGAAGAUUGUUUUGAUCAUGCCUGUGCGGAGAGGUCAUGUCGCUCCUCAAAAUACCUUUCUUGGAAUAAUAAUUCGGAAAUUCGAGGGACAAAACAGGAAGUUUAUUAUAGCUAAUGCCCGGGUGCAGAACUGUGCAAUUAUUUACUGUAACGAUGGAUUCUGCGAGAUGACGGGAUUCUCGAGAGCUGACGUCAUGCAGAAACCUUGUACAUGCGACUUCCUGCAUGGCGAGCAAACCGCGAGACAUGCGAUCGCCCAGGUGGCCCAGGCUCUCCUGGGGUCAGAAGAACGGAAAGUGAUGAUCACGUACCACCGCAAGGAUGGGUCCGACUUCCUGUGUAACACUCACAUCAUCCCGGUGAAGAAUGAAGAAGGAGUUGUGAUGAUGUUCAUCUUGAACUUCGAUUACGUUCUGGACGAGGAGAGCAACGACUCUCUAGAGAGACUGAACGUUACCCCGCCUGCCAAACCUAAAAUCAGGAAAGGAAGAUUCUUGAGUUUCCAUCUGCGAGCCUUGAAGCUCUUGAGCGCCAGCAAGCAGUCUCUCCCGCAGGAUGAUCCAGACACGGUCAUGGUUGACUCUCACAGGGCCAGCUAUGACUCUACAGCUGUGACGCCCACCAAGGGCAGUUGCAGUCCAGCAGAGGCCAAUGACACACGGGCACUCAUCAGCUCCAGUCAUCCCUCAUCCCCGGUCACUGUGAUGGUACCCUUGGAUCACUCAUCACCCAAACACACCUGGGACCGUCCCAGUCCUUCUCAAGCCCAGUCCACCACCUGCCUCACUCAGGCCAUCUCCAGAGACAUUGUGUGCAGCCGAAGACGAGCCUCUUCGGUCCAUGACAUCGAAGGGCUUAAUGCGAACUCCAAACGUCUGUUUAUGGACAGGCACACAAGUGAAGGACCAUUCAACCAUCUGAAGUCCAGUCUGCUGGGAUCAACGUCAGACUCCAAUCUAAACAAAUACAGCACCAUCAACAAGAUACCUCUCAUCGCACUCAACUUCUCUGAAGCCAACGAUAAGAAAGCACCUUCCCCCCCAUCCUCAGACAAAACCAUCAUUGCACCAAAGGUCAAAGACAGGACACAUAAUGUCACAGAAAAAGUCACGCAGGUGCUGUCGCUGGGUGCAGAUGUUUUACCAGAGUACAAGCUCCAAACACCACGUAUGGAUAAGUUCACUAUUCUGCACUACAGCCCUUUUAAAGCAGUCUGGGACUGGCUUAUUCUGCUGCUGGUCAUCUAUACGGCCAUUUUAACCCCUUAUUCUGCUGCCUUUCUGCUCAAUGACAGUGAGGAACAGAAACGACGCAAGUGUGGAUACUCUUGCAGCCCUCUUAACGUUGUGGACUUAAUAGUGGACAUCAUGUUCAUCAUUGACAUCCUCAUAAACUUUCGCACAACGUAUGUGAACUUGAACGAGGAGGUGGUGAGCCAUCCAGGGAAGAUCGCCAUACAUUAUUUCAAAGGCUGGUUCCUUAUAGACAUGGUGGCAGCAAUACCCUUUGACCUGCUCAUAUUUGGAUCGGGAUCAGAUGAAACGACCACUCUAAUUGGCCUCUUGAAGACAGCGCGACUUCUGCGAUUGGUUCGUGUUGCCAGAAAGCUGGACCGAUACUCAGAAUAUGGCGCUGCAGUUCUGAUGCUCCUGAUGUGUAUAUUUGCUCUAAUUGCACAUUGGCUCGCCUGCAUCUGGUACGCCAUUGGAAAUGUUGAGAAACAGUUCCUGGAACAUAAGAUUGGCUGGCUCGAUAAUCUCGGGGUAUCCAUUGGAAAGAGAUACAACUACAGUGACCCAAAUUCUGGUCCGUCCAUAAAGGAUAAAUAUGUGACUGCACUGUACUUCACCUUCAGCUCUCUGACCAGUGUGGGGUUUGGGAACGUCUCCCCGAACACCAACUCAGAAAAGAUCUUCUCCAUCUGUGUCAUGCUUAUUGGAUCUCUGAUGUACGCCAGCAUUUUCGGCAAUGUUUCUGCCAUCAUACAGCGGCUGUAUUCUGGUACGGCACGCUACCACAUGCAGAUGCUCCGCGUCAAAGAGUUCAUCCGUUUCCAUCAGAUCCCGAAUCCACUCCGACAAAGACUGGAGGAGUAUUUCCAACACUCAUGGACCUACACCAAUGGAAUCGACAUGAACACGGUCUUAAAAGGGUUUCCCGAGUGUUUGCAGGCAGAUAUUUGUCUCCACCUGAACAGCAGUCUGCUUCAGGGAUGCAAGGCCUUCAGAGGUGCUACUAAAGGCUGUCUGCGUGCUCUCGCUAUGCGCUUCAAAACCACUCAUGUGCCCCCUGGAGACACACUUGUGCACUGCGGGGAUGUGCUCACCGCACUCUACUUCUUGUCACGGGGCUCCAUCGAAAUACUGAAGGAAGAUAUUGUGGUUGCCAUUCUGGGUAAGAAUGACAUCUUUGGCGAGAUGAUCCACUUGUACGCCAAGCCUGGUAAAUCUAACGCAGAUGUGCGAGCGCUGAGCUACUGUGACCUGCACACGAUCCAGAGGGAGGAACUUCUAGAAGUUCUGGAUAUGUAUCCGGAGUUCGCAGAUUAUUUCCUCACCAAUCUGGAGCUGACCUUUAACCUCCGGGAUGAAAACGCAAAGAACACAUAUUCACAAGCCAGUGAUUCAGAUGGAGAAGAUACAAAGAGCAGACAGAAGAUUUCCUUUAAGCGUAAACCAUCCAAAGGGGGAAGCCUCAAGGAAACGGACAGCGAGUCCUGGAAAGAGCGCAGAGAAUCACGGCUGAGCUCCAAGAGAAGCUCUAAGGGCCAGUGCACCACCAGGGAGGAACAGCAGAGGCUUUUGGGAGCAGGGACAAUAGAGUAUCCGUCAGUACAGAGUUACACAGCUACACCAGCUUGCAGUCCUCCCGCUGACGACAUGGAGAGAAAGCCGUAUGAUAAUGAUAUCCAGACAGACAUAUGUUUAGUUGUCAGAACCAAACAGGAAAUGGACAUGGCUACGCAGGAACAGGUCGGGGCAGAAGAAGAGGAUCUGGACUGUGACAUCACAUAUGGAGAGGUGGAGCACAGACUAGACCAACUGCAGGAACACCUGAGCAGGUUAGAGUCUCAGAUGACAUCAGACAUUCGGAGUAUUCUUCAGCUGCUGCAAAGACAGUCAUGUUUAGGACCUCCAGCAUACAGCACCCUCACAACCGCUCCAGAAUUUAAGAGACCGGCCAUCAGAAUUCAGCCUAUAGCUUCUGUUCCCACCAGCCAAUCACACUGCAGGACCACACAGGAUACUGAAUUUUUGGAAAUGACAAACAUCCAUUCCAAAUUCAGAGACUCUCCGUCAGGUCUGGCCCUCGUGAACUCUAAACAGAGCCUUGCGACUCUAUCCAGACAGGAAUCAGGACCCACUGACAGUCUCACAAACAGCCGGACUCAUUCCAAAUCCCAGCUUCCAAUUCAGCACACUUCCCCUCCAGACACGCCGCUCAAGAGUGUCACAUCAGAAACUGUAGACCUCAACAGACCUCUGUCAGAUCCUGGACUCCUAAAGGAAAAGCACUGACUCUACAGUUUAUAUCAGAACGGGAAAGUCGAGGAGAAAGCACCAAAACGAAACGGGCAUUGGCCAAAGCUUUGAUUAAUGCUAAUGCAGCUUAAGAUUCUCCACUGGCUUCCUCUGUGAUGUCACUUCCUUCUCCUACAAUAAGAGAAAGAUCUGAUUAGCCUAUCUGGAAUAUUGUAGAUGGCUUGAACCACACACUUCCAUUUUUAGGAAGUUCAUCACUGAGAGACAGAGGCCUAUGAGGCUGUCUUCUCCACACACUUCCUCUGUGUGUUCUGCCCACCUUUACAAUGAUUUAAGACUCAGGGUAUUGUUUGGGAUUAAUCACACACACACACACACACACACACACACACACACACACACUUACUAGUUAAAUAUCUUCCCUGUUACAUCAUUAUGUUUCAAAAUUAUAAUAAUGCUAUUUUAAACUUCCAAUUGCAGAAAACUUUGCCAUCACAUUCUGUGGACUCAAAGUCUGAAACCACAAGCGAAAAUGUUUAUAUUUAGCGUUUUAGUAAAUUGUCUCCCCAUUUUGCUUUAAUAGCAUACACUCGAGCUGGCGUGCAAAAAAAAAAAAAAAAACCUGAUGAUCAUGAUAUCCAGCAUGAUUUGAGAAUUUUCCAGAGAGCAUCUUGUGUGAUUUAAUGGAAGCAGGGAAAUCUGACUGUCUGUAGAAAAAGUGUCAUAGCUUUUCUUGAUUUUAAAAUCCUAAAACUUUAUUUUCAGGUUUCUCUUUCUGAGACUUUGGUCUCAGACUUUUAGACCCCACUGUACAUAUCAAAAGACUGAUAUGUUUGCAAAUGGCAUGUUUACUAUUCAAAGUCAAAUUUUCUGCAAGAGGAAACAACUAACUGCCAUGUACAUACAUUAAAUCCCCCUGUUUAAGUCCUCAUCAUGGUAAAGAGAUUUUAAAACUGUAGUUGCAUGUUUACUGCAACAUAUUGGAAAGCAGGUGUAGUGUUGGCAUGCUCCAGAAUGAAUCACUGAAAAUGCACUCUUCUAUGACUGACUUUGUUUAUUUGCAGUCAUGCUAGCUUGAAUCAAACUCUGCAUGGCAUAAAACUUACAUUUCUCAAAUUCUUUGCAAGCAUUGGUGUAUAUUUAGGUUUUUGAGCCAAUUCAAUUCUGGUUAGGUUCAACAUGAUCUCAGAGGAAAUCGAAAAGUUGGCUUCAAAAGUUCACGUACGCUGAAAUCAACCCCAUUCUGCCCAAGAUUUGUGAUACACCACUGUUUGCAAGGUGCAUUUUAGUAUGUAGCUAUAUAGAUAUGCAUAUUUAUACAUAGAAUACUACGUUUAUCCAACUGUUUUUAGCUAUGAUACAAGUCACUGGGAAAAAAUGAAAUAAUAAAAUGUCAUUUAAGGUAUUGAGACAAAAAAAUAAAAAAUAAAUAAAUAAAUAAUUUCUAAAUAUUUAGACUAGAGAAGCUUCUGUCUCAAACCAUGCUAGUAAUAAUAACACACUGGAUUUACACACUCAUAAAAACACAACUCUAAAGGUUUGACUUGCAGAUUUAUGUUGCAACGACUGUAGAAUUCAAUGUCUGUCUAAUAUUAUAAAAACUUUGUUAUAAAACCUUAAAAUAGUUUAAUAAUAAUAACAUUUGAUAGGUUUUAACAUUUCUAAUGGGAUAUUUUUGUAACUGCUUAACUUCUCUGUAACUUUAGUAUAUAAUUUUAAAUAUGUAUUUAUUUAUUUAUUUAUUCCACUAAAAUGGGAGAUUUGUAUGUGCAAUAAACACAAAUUAAAUUAACCUUUCAAUUUUAAUGAAUAUUUUGCUGCUUGCAUUGAAACAGACAAAUACAGUCUUGAUUUGAGACCUUUUAUUUCGUUUUAUUUUAUAUGUCACUGUAAAAUGCAAUAUUUUGGAUUACAAGAAAUUAUUUAUCAUGCAGAUUUUUUUUCUUUUAAUUUCUGCAUAAAGGGAUAGUAUCUGCACUUUAUUUUAAAACAAAAGAUUCCAAACCUGUAACCUUGUGUGCGCAUGAGUGUAUGUUUGUUUUUGUUUUUUGUUUUUUUGUUUUUUUAUUUAUUGAUUUAAUUGUGUGUAUGUGUGUGUGUGUGUGUGUCUUCAUAAUUAUCACAUACUGGAAAAUAUCAGAGGUGGCUUUUCUAUUAGGAUAUAUAUUGAAAACUGUUAACACAGCAAAUGUUUGCACGUAACCUCCAAACAGAUAGAACAUGUUCACUUUUUUAUCCCAGCAGUUGGAUUUACACUUGGAGUUAUAUAGUUUGCACUGUAUAGUUUCUACACCACAAUACUCUACAGGUGUUUUGAAUGUGUCUGCUACUUAAAGAUUUAUAUAAAUCUGAUGCAAUUGCUUUAGGCAGUUACUUUGACAAAUUGUAUAAAUAAGUAUAUAAAUAAA